UCGUCCGCCGUCGAGCCGACGCUCGCCGAGCUCCACGCGGAGCUUUACUCGUCGUUGCCACACCGACGCGGUGAUAAGCGCCUCGCGAAACGUCAAACGAUAACAGUGCGCAGAGAAAAAUGCGUCAAAAUGGCGUCCCACUUGUGAGAGGCGAACACCGGCAGUUCGACGAUGCGGUUGAAAGUGAGAAAGGAAUUAGUGAACACGUGUACCGAAGUCACACCUGCGUGGCUGAGGCAAGGACGACGUGACAAACACAGCUGACAGGAAUGUCGCAAAGCAAAGGUGUAUGUCAAGACUUGACCCUUCGAGGAAACACGCGACGAUUAUUCGUUCGAAGCAUAAUCCUAACUGUAAAAAUCAAGCUUGUGAAGAGCAAAGCGUCGAGAUGACAUAGGUAAACUUUAGAGCAUCCUUGACAUGUACGGUGGCUCCUGAUUUGUUGAUCUUCGUAAUUCUCAAGAAUCCUAAAAUUCUCAAAUUCAAGUAUCAAAACUCAAACUCUACAAACACGAGGAAUUAACGUAGACGCAAGUUUACUGUGUUUAUAAAAUAUGCUCUGAAGUAUUGCACUUUCCAGACCACAACAUAAAAAGAUAGCAAAGUAUCGUGUUGUAUACAUACUUCUUACAUAUAGUUGUUAUUUUUUAUAGAAUUAUUUUAUGCUAUGUAUCACAAAGUUCUCAAAUUCUGAAACGAUGAAACCUCAAGUAAUUGAUAGGAUUACAAACGGAGGUCUCGGUAGAGCAUGACGUUUAACUCGAGAGAUCCGCGAAGAGAGACGUACUAUAGAAUCUUAAUAUAGGCAACAAAACGCGAUGGCAUAAUAUGACGGAUUAUGUAAGUGUCGUUAAAUGACGAAUUCCCGAAAUAAGUGCCGCCACGAGGCUGUAAUACUGCUCGGUGGCGAUACGCCUCGUUAUCGGCAUGCGUCGCGCGUAACGGAGCUGUUUCUCCCGAUUUAUUUUCGUGCAUUAAUCUCCGAAUACUCGGCACACCGAGACGUUCCGCGACAGUCCAUACCACGAAUCUCGGUUAUUGACUAUAUUUAUGUACAAGCGUGGAUUAGUCUUGUCCCUUGCAUGUUAUAAAUAGAAUAUAAUAAGAGCUUAAGACACUAGGGCACUUUGCACGGUGUAUGUGUGUGUGCGCGCGUGUGUGUGAUGUAAAGCUUCCAAACUUCCGAAUGGUACAUACUGAUUUGAAACAAACGAAAAGACAAAAAAGAACACAGUGAACUCUGCCGACGAUAGACGUACUAAUCGGAUCAAUCAAGUUGCGUUGCGUUAAUUCCAAAAGCCGAUCAGCGAGAAACGAGUUUGUCAAUAAUAGAGUAUUUCCGUUCACUAAGAUAACAAUGCACAAAGUAACGUCGGAGAUAUACACGGAAACUAACAAUAUCUCCGAGAAGCUUGACAACGGCAACGCGGUCACUAAGUUCGCCUUCAAAUGCCCGUCUUACAUGAUCGACCCGACGUCCACGGGCGGGACGUUCAAGUACGACGAUGAUGACGACCUGGACGUGGACAGAGAUAAAGAAGAGACACUCGUGAUAGAGCACAGCGAAUCGACGGAGCUUAAUUUGGUGGGUUUGCAAGUGUGGAGAGGCGCUCUUCUGUUAGCCGACUACGUCUUAUCGCACCCGGAUUUGUUCAAAGAUCAGAUAAUCUUGGAACUGGGAUCAGGAGUCGGCGUGACCGGUAUCGUAGCGAGCUACUUAGCCAAAAAAGUCAUCUGCACAGAUAUCAACGUCGGCGGUAUAUUGAGCCUGAUCGAGCGGAAUUUCCAGCGGAAUCGCGCGUACGUCAGGUCUAGUUAUAAUGUGGAGGAGGUGAAUUUCCUCGACUUGGGAUGGUCGAGGAGAUUAGAGGAGAGAUUGCAAGAAGCAAAUAUUGUACUGGCUGCGGAUGUAAUUUACGACGACAAAAUCACGGAUGGAUUUGUCCGUACGUUAUCGAAACUUUUGUACAUGAAGAAGAAAAAGACCGUUUACGUCGCUCUGGAGAAGAGGUACGUGUUUACUAUUGCCGAUUUGGACACAACUGCACCGAUGUACGAGGAGUUUCUACGUUGCGUCGAGAAGUACAGGAUGAACUGGUCUGUAGAUUACAUAAGUAUAGAUUUUCCGCGCUACUUCAAGUACGACCGAGUUCAACAUUUGGUUUUAAUGAAAAUACAAAACAAUACGAAGUCUAUUGCGUAUGCGUAGCAAGCAACUUACGUCCCUAAUAGCGUACGCGAAUCGUCCCCUCAUCAUCAUGGUGACACAACACGUGAAAAUAUUACACAAAUAGAAAGAACAUCGGAACUGUCGGAUCGAGAAAUCGAUGAUAGCUCUCCUUAAUAUGUGCACUUAUCUAAUGAAAUACAACAUCACAAUUGACGUAAUUUAUAGACAAAAAAAACAGCAGUCUCUCUCUAUUUUAAAUAAAUCACCUCUCGGAUAUAUAAGACUCGUCCUAAAAAAAGCUAGGAUAUUUCUUCUCUUUUAUUCGAGAUCCUCUUGUUCGACUCUUACAUCAUCCCACCUCGGACCGUCAUCGCAGAAAGAAUCACGAAGAGCGGGUUAAUUUAAGAGUCAAGAACGAGGACAAUAAUCAAGAUACAUCCAGAUCACGAUGAAGAAAGUAAUGACAGCCGCGUAAUUCAGAAUUUCGUUUGUUUUUCUUUUUUUUUUGCUUCACGUCCACAUAUUUAUUAUUUAUCGUUACUUUCCUAUUUACAUCCUACCUAGCGGAUAAUAUUAUUGGACAGUAAAUGAAGUCGCUCGAAGAGCACGAUGAUUCCGUGUAUAUGUGUGUGUAUGUGUGUCUGUGUGAACUCAAAGUGCCGCCGCUCAAGUGAACCACGGCGGCACGUGUCGUCCUAUAGGAUUAAAAAAAAAAUCUCGUUACGCUAUCAUAAAGAAGACAGUGUAUACAGAGAGAGGAAUGUGAGCGCUUCUUCGAACGACCGCGGCGGCAGUAGAAGUUGUAUAUGUUACACGCGAGUUUUUUUUUUUUUUUUAUAACAGUUCGUCAUUCGGUAUAUGAUAUAUAUUCGUGGGUCCGAACCGCGCGCCAAGUCGUGGUGCGUAGGAGAGAACGGCGAUCGGCGGGGAACCGGCGCGGCGAAUCGCACUCGAUGAGAGGCGCGUGUCAUUGGAGUUUCGAAAAUACAACGACCGGCGCCGUCGCCGUCGGGGGAUCGUCGGGCGCCGUUCUCCGGCGGCGCUCGGACCCGCUUAGUUUGGUAAAAGGCACUUUUACUCUACCGACCCAUCAUCUCACGAUGUAGAAAACGUAAUGUAUAAUUUACAGCCUCGCACACACUUGAUUUGUUUGUUUUCUCAGCGCUGAGCGCUCGCAGCGUGUGACGCGCGAUGUCGCGACUAUUACAAACGGCACGCGAAAAGCGUGCGCGGGGCUUCUCCUCGCGGAGCGCCGCGCGGCACCACACGUUCGUCUCACGUUCGCUUCUCUUUCCCUUCCUUCCUUUAUAUAUAUAUAUACAUAUAUAUACAUAUAUAUACAUAUAUGUAUAUAUAUAUAUGUGUAUGUAUGUAUAUGUAUAUAUAUAUAUAUAUAUCUCUCUCUCUAUUUCGCCGUCAGCGUUCGUCUCGCUCCUCGAAGACGAAUCACGCGAUUCAGGAGAUAAAAAAUUCUACAACUCUCGCGCGGCUGCGAUAGAUUUUUUUUUGACGCUGUAUACGUGCACGCCCUUCUUCGUCGCCGUAGAAAAGACUAAUACAAUCUAUCGGAUUGCGCGCGAGAAACACCCUGCGAUCUCGGGGCACCUCGCGCGCAAGAGCGGUACGCGUCGAGCGGAUAAAAUGUUCGGCUUUUCGCUCGCCGUCGAGGCCACUAGGCGGAAGUCGACCCGUUGUACACUCUGAGAUCCUUGUUCUCGGCUUUGCCAUGUCAAGAUGCGAUUUUGUGUGCGUGUGUGUAUGUGUGUGUCUGUGUCUAACUCGGUGAGCAUUUACUUGUGAACUUAGCGACGUGUCACGCGAGUCACGCAGAACCGUUGUAGAUUACACCGGAGUACCUCGGAAACACUGCGCGUAUAGGUAAAAGCUUAAAAAAAAAAAACUCAGGCGAGAUAAUAAAAUGCCGUUGACUAGACCCCAAAAGAAAAAAAAAAAGAAAAGAGAAAAAAAAGGGAA